CCAAAACACACUUCUCGAGAUUUAAUUUCUCUCUCUCAUCCGGCUUUUCAACGGUUCGCGCUUCAAGGCUGCCGUACCGGUGACGUAAUUUCCAUCCUACACCGGAAGUGUGAGUUGGCUGGUUGGGGAUAUCGAAAUGUCUGCCAUAUUUAAUUUCCAGAGUCUGUUGACGGUCAUUUUACUGCUCAUCUGCACCUGCACGUAUAUACGAGCUCUCACUCCCAACCUGCUGGAUAAGAACAAAACAGGAUUCCUUGGAAUUUUCUGGAAAUGUGCAAGAAUAGGUGAGCGCAAAAGCCCUUACGUGGCGUGUUGCUGCAUCAUCAUGGCCUUCACGAUUUUAUUUUCGGAGUAGCAGCAGAAGAAUGUAGAUCUGGAGCAGCUACAAGAUUCUACAGCAGGGAACAAGAUGUGUAAUUGGGCGACAUUCAGACUCUCUCGGUCAGAACUGGCUUCUGGUGAUGCAUGUGGAGUGCUCUCCGAAUACAGCUUGAGCAUUUCUCAGCCUUCCAGACCUAUUUUUGUAAAUACAAUUAACUGUUGGUCUCCAUGGUAUUGCUCCAGUUGUCACUGACCCAUGCACCCAAAGCUGAUCAGAUGUAACAUGUUUGUUGUUGGAUCCAAAAUGCUCGUCAAUGACAAUUUUAAUAUGGGACACUGAGGAUAAAUUUGAUGCACUUGGAUGUGCUUGAUAUCAUGCUUGUUAAAUUGUUUGAUUGAAUCUGUUGACUUUACAUGGAGACGUAGUGAAGUUUGCAUUAAAACAUGAAUUUAUUACAGAAA